AUGGAUGUUCCUCAAACUGAUUGGUCGGAGCUGUCCCAAGAUAUGCUCGCUGAAAUCGCCGGACGCCUGAGAAAAAGCAGCGAGUUUCAUAGAUUCGGAGCAGUUUGCAAGAACUGGCAUUCUUCACUCUCCUUAAUAACACAACCUAAAACCCUACCUCUCUUAUCUUAUUGCUUACCUAUAAGGGAUAAUGCUGCCACAUUCUGUCUGUCAGUUAAUGCAGUCUAUCUCCUCCGUCGGAAAUCCCAAGAAUCAUCCGUAAACUCGGAAAGUUUUGUCAUUACUGUCGAAGAAUUCAACCGAGGUAAGCUCCGCUUUUUCCAUCCGUUAACUAGAAAUCAAGCACAAAACGGGUAUAGGAGAUUGUGUUUGUGCGAUUUUCGUUGUUUCUUGAUUGCUGGAGCGCUCAUUUUAACAAAGACUUGUAAAAGAAGUGGCAGUACAUCAUACUAUAAGACUCUUUCUUACUCAUAUCUUGAUGAGUACAAUAAGAAGCAUAUUAUUAUGAUUUACUUCAACCCUUAUUGCGGAAGAAUUUAUUGGGGGAGACAUUUGUGCAAAUGGGUGCGUCUUGUUUACGAGGGACAGUCGGAAUUGGAAAAUUGGCAAUUUGAUGAUAUUGUUUAUUUUAAAGAGAAGCUUUUCGCGGUGGAUUAUUAUGGGAGAGUUUAUGUCUUUCAAAAAAACAACUGUACAAACGUUUUAUGUGGUGAAUGUAUAGUGAGUGUGACUGAUUCUAUUUUUAGUGCCUCUGAUAACGAAUAUCAUAGCUGUUGGCGUGGGAAACUGGUGGUCGAUUCUCUGUCCGGUGACGAUACGUUAUAUCUAGUUCAUAGGGGUAUUCGUGGUAAAGAAACAGGCAAGAUAUGUCUUAACGUAUACAAGCUGAUCAUGAAUGAAAAGAGUUGCAAAUGGGAGAAAGUUAAUAGCAUAGGCGAUGAUAAAGUAUUGUUUGUUAGUGCUCAUUGGUGUUUUUUUGCAUCGACCGCUUAUUUUCCGGCUUAUAGAGGAAAUUCUAUAUUCAUGCUGAAAGGUGCCUUCGCUUUACAAGUUGGGUUUAUAUUACUUUAUGAGGACUAUUUUUUCCAAGGCACAAGCAAGGAGUUGGAAGUUGUAGUGUAUCAUUUAGAGGAUGGACAGUUUGGGCCGAUAUCAGCUUAUCCUAGAUAUUCUGACAUACUAUGGCCACCUCCACCAUGGUUAUGUACCAAUGCUCCUCAAUUGGAAGUUCAAAACAAAAUUGGAUGA